GAAAGAACCAAGUCGCCAACGCAACUCUGCUACAGCCCAUUGCUCGCUUCACAAGUUCAAUCAAGCGCCCUUCACAUCGGACGUCUUCGGUAACCCUCAUUUGCGACUUCCAAUCAACCGCCCACACAAACACCCACCAUGUUCAUAGCACGAAGCGAAUAUGACCGCGGUAUCAACACCUUCUCGCCCGAAGGCCGUCUCUUCCAAGUCGAAUACUCCCUAGAAGCCAUUAAGCUUGGUUCAACAGCGAUAGGCGUAGCGACAGGCGAAGGCGUAAUCCUCGGUGUUGAGAAGCGCGUAACCUCCACCCUGCUCGAGACCAGCUCCGUUGAGAAGAUUGUUGAAAUCGACCACCACAUUGGCUGCGCCAUGUCUGGACUGCAGGCUGAUGCACGAAGCAUGAUUGAGCAUGCCCGCGUCGAGAGCCAGAACCACGCUUUCAACUACGCUGAGCCACUACGAGUCGAGAGCUGCACCCAGGCGAUAUGCGAUCUGGCGCUGAGGUUCGGUGAGGGUGCCGAGGGCGAGGAGAGCAUCAUGAGUCGGCCUUUUGGUGUUGCGCUCUUGAUUGCGGGCUAUGACGAGGAUGGCCCAAGUCUAUACCACGCCGAGCCCUCUGGUACUUUCUACCGCUACGACGCCAAAGCCAUCGGUUCUGGAUCCGAGGGUGCACAAGCAGAGCUCCAGAACGAGUUCCACAAGUCGCUUACUCUGCCUGAAGCCGAGGUCCUCACGCUCAAGACAUUGAAGCAGGUCAUGGAGGAGAAGCUGGAUAGCAAGAAUGUGCAGUUGGCAAGCGUGACCAAGGACAAGGGCUUCAGGAUUUACACUGAUGAGGAAAUGGCGGAAGUUGUUGGAAGGCUGCCUACAAACUAGGUCUGAUGAGGAAUCAUGGUCUAAACUCAAGUCCAUAGACAAGGAUACUAUAGCAUCUCGGGCAAUAUGUUCGAGUUACGCGAAAAUGAAGCAAUGACCAAA